CUGAUGACUACAGUCCAAUAUGGCGGUAGUAUGAAGAGUGCAAGCUCAACACUGGCCAUAAAUUACAAAUAUUAUUAAAUAGUCGGGUUUAUUUUGUUAUACUUUCCAGCUUACUCGCGAGUAGCGAUGUGGCCGCCGCUCCGUGCAGUGUGUCAGAGAGUUUGCAGAAGAAGCGUCGCCGCUGUUCUCUCAAAGUGUUUCAGGCACAGAGACGCUAACGUUUCACACUUCAGUCAUUCGGCCGGACGCUCCGCACAAGCAUGCGAGGCACUGAUGUACAGAAACCACGGAGACCCUUCUCGAGUCGUUCAGUUGGAGGAUGUAGGUCUUCCUCCUUUAGGUGCAAAGGAUAUCCUGGUUAAAAUGCUGGCUGCCCCAAUCAACCCAUCUGACAUAAACAUGAUUCAAGGCACUUAUGCUAUCGUGCCAGAUCUCCCGGCUGUUGGUGGCAAUGAAGGUGUGGCCCAGGUUGUAGAGGUGGGCAGCCAGGUGAAGUCCCUCAAAGCAGGAGACUGGGUGAUUCCAAAAGAUGCCGGUCUAGGAACAUGGAGGACACGGGCAGUGUUACCUGAGGACGAUCUUAUCUCUGUACCAAAUGACAUUCCCCUGCUGUCUGCUGCCACACUUGGGGUGAAUCCCUGCACUGCCUUCAGGAUGCUCUCAGACUUUGAAGACCUCAAGCCAGGCGAUUCUGUGAUCCAGAACGCUGCCAACAGUGGAGUUGGACAGGCUGUCAUACAGAUUGCUGCUGCAAGAGGAAUAAACACUAUCAAUGUUAUAAGAGACAGACCAGAGUUCACGCAGCUCAGUUAUAGGCUGAAGGCUAUUGGAGCCAGUCAUGUGAUCAAAGAAGAGGCCCUGAGGAAGCCUGAGAUUAAAGAACUCUUUAAGACUUGUCCAAAGCCCAAACUGGCAUUAAAUGGAGUUGGAGGCAAGAGUGCAACAGAACUUCUCCGUCAUCUACAAGUUGGUGGGUCAAUGGUGACAUAUGGGGGAAUGUCCAAACAGCCAGUUACUGUUCCUGUGAGUGCUCUUAUUUUCAAAGAUGUGAAGGUUCGAGGAUUUUGGGUUACGCAGUGGAAGAGAGAUCACUCUCAGGAUGGACGGGCAUUUAGAGCCAUGCUGGAUGAACUGUGCUCCCUCAUCAAGCAGGGAAUCCUGACGGCUCCCGCCUGCACUGAGGUGGGCCUGCAGGAGUAUCGUGCUGCUCUGGAUACUGCUAUGCAGCCUUUUACUUCAAAUAAACAGGUCCUGGUCAUGUGACCUGGCUCAUCUUAUCAACUAACCACUAGACACUUAAGACCACUGCAUGUAUAUUUUGGUGAAACUGUAUAACUGUCACAUUCUUGCUGAUGUGACAACCAAAUCUACAUACUCAAUAAAAGUGUCUUCACAUAA